UUCAUGACAGGGUGGCAGAAGCUCGCUGGCUUGAUGUAAACAGAAUAGCUGCGCUUUGUUACAGCAUCACCCAGGUUGUGUCUCGCUACAGCCAUGCCAUGGAUAUUUUGUGGCAAUACCAGUUCCGGAUUAUUUUGCUAGGCGAUUCGACGGUGGGGAAAUCGUCUUUGCUGAAGCGCUUCACGGAUGGGAUAUAUAGCGAUGUGGCGGACCCGACGGUCGGUGUGGAUUUCUAUGCCAGGUCGCUGGAAAUCGAACCGGGGGUGAAAAUCAAACUCCAGCUUUGGGACACUGCUGGUCAAGAACGCUUCAGGUCAAUCACUACCUCCUACUAUCGAAAUUCCGUCGGCGGGCUGCUGGUGUUUGACCUGACCAAUCGCAAGACCUUUGAUCAUGUGAGGGAGUGGCACCGGGAGGUGAGCGAGCACGUGCUGCCCCAUCACAUGGUCUACAUCCUGAUUGGUCACAAGAGCGACCUGAGCAAGGACCGCAAGGUGACCCGCGAGGAGGCGGAGGACCUGGCGGCUGUGCUGGGCAUACGCUACGUGGAGACGUCGGCCAAGUGCAACAGCAAUGUGGACCGGGCCUUCGAGCUCCUGACCCGGGACAUCUACGAGCUGAUGAAGAUGGGCGAGAUCGAUGCCCGCGAGGGCUGGGACGGGGUCAAGAGUGGCCUUAGCGCCAAGGUGCUGUAUCCCGCCGAGGAAGAGGCGGAGCAGGAGAAGAGCUGUAACUGCUGACUGACCUCUGACCUCAGCUCACCCCAGCAUUUUCACCCACAUGAUCUUCCCUCCAGCCCUCCUCAGUGAGGUCCUAGCUACUUCCUGCCUCUCAGCGCUAGGCCGCUCCCUUGUGACAUCAUCACCCCAUGCCUCACAAGUGGUCAUGCCUGCACCUCCCUCGGUGUGUACUGGGGAAAAUGUACCACCAGCAGGGAGUGCUGUGAGUUAUUGCACACAUGCUCAGGCAGGAGGAUGCUGUAGGACACAGUUCUUCUUCCUGGGAUUGCCAAAUGAUGCCCCUCUCUGCCCCUGAGCUAUCGCACUUUGAAGCAGGUUGACACUAACCCUAUCGACACUGCGUUCUCAUGGCAUGACAUGGCUGUGGUUCUGGGACUGUUCCUCUCUGCUUCUUUGCCUAGAGAAGCGAACCUUGGAUGUUAAGACUCUGGUAUAACUGAGAAACAUGAGAACUAAAGUGAUCAUUUAACUUUUGUCACCCACACCCUCUCAGAUAGUUCCAGUACUACAAUCAAUACCAACGGCCAAAAUAUGGUUUGCAUAUUAGCGUGACAUUUGGUGCUCAUGCUACAAAACUCAUUCUUCUUCAGGAGUGAAUAUUAUUUUGUACUGAGUUACCUUACUGGCAUCCAUCUGUAAUAUUUGUGUCUUCCCCAGUCACGCUGUCUCCAGUGCUGUGUUAUGAUGGUUGGUAAUUAUUUCCUAAUGUGUAGUCCAUAUAGCCAAUCCCUUCAAAAUAUACUGUUGCAAAAAGUUAUGAAAGUUAUGAAAACAAUAGUGAUAAAAUAUGUAAAUACCAGUAAAUGACUGAUCAAUAUAUCAUUUUGGUUUAUGGUUAUCAGUUUGCCUGAGCCUUUAUCACUCAUUUUGCCCCAGGACUGGUCCCCAAGCUCAGUUGUGUGUAUUCAUUAGGAAUAUGUGAAAUAUGCUUUGCACAUGGAAUAUUAUUCCCUAUUUAAAUAACAUUUUAUUCUUAUUUUGUUUGACCUAUCAUGCUGCUUUAAAGUUUUACACACUUGUACUCCACAUAGCUACAAUAAAAAUACACCAUUACACACAUAACAUACACCAUCAAUCUUGCAUGCAAUCACUGUACAGUGAGGCUAACAUACCUUCUGGAGGGUGUAGCAGCAGUGCCCUACCUGGGAUUCAAACGUGCAGCUGGCUCCACACUGCAAUUCACUGCAGUAAGGUCAUUCGCAGUGCUUUACCCCUUUGGGUACAGUGGCAAAUGCUCUAACUCCUUCUUGACAAUAGACUCAUUACUCCCCUGGUGAGUGGUUGUUGCUCGUACUCUUGGCCUGCGACCCCACCCCCCCCACCGCCCC